AGUACAACCGUAUCCAAUGAGUCGCGUGUGAAAGGAAGUGUCACUGGGGAGGUGUCACUUGGAGGACUGACGCCACACGUACUUGAAACAUACCUGUUCUAAGCGUAGUGUUGGUUCGCCACAGAGCUGGAGUCAAAGCAACGUCGUGCAUCAGGAUAACCAGAUAGUUCUCAGCUGAAGCAGGUGUUGGAGAAGCCGUGACUUUGAAUCAAAAUGUUUAAGAAAAAGACCAGUAAAAACAGCGCGACCAUUACGCAGAAAAGCAAAGCAGCGGCCAGUGAUUUGACGGCGCUGAUUGAGAAACUGCAGAAGAGCGCAGACAAAGUGGAGAAGAACAUUCUGGAAACAGAGCAGAACCUUAACCGGGAUGUGGGCAAAAUUAACGAGGGUAAGCAGCCGCUCUACCAGGAGGACACCAACAAGCGCAUUCUGAACUCGCUGGAGCUGCUGAAGGCUUUGGAUGAGGAUGCAGCUGCCACUAAACGCCUUCAUCACCCCCAGGCUGAGAUGAUCGAACAGGACAUGAACCAGCUCCGUGACCGCGUCGAGAGACUGAGGGAAGACCACGACAAGAUCUACCACCAGACGCGGGGAGAGGGCAUGCCCACGGUCAACUGGGGCAAGAUUGUGGAUGAGAAACUGGGGAACCUUAACAACAAAGGAUUCGGACAGGACUUGCCCACCAUCGAAAACGAUGUGGAGGAGCACAACAUCUUCCAAAGUGAGGUUGAAGCCUUGGCACCUUACAUCACUCAGGGUGACGAUAAGGAUUACGUGGGAGGGCUCCAGCUGAAAUACAAUAAACUCCUGGCCAACUCCACCGCCCGGCAGAAGCACCUGCUGUCCCUGCGUGACUACAUGCAGCGCUGCACCAACGAGCUCUACUGGAUGGACCAGCAGGCCGAGGAGAGGAUCGGCUACGACUGGAGCGACACCAACCUGGAUUACCCAGCCCGCAAGAGGCAGUAUGAGAACUUCAUCAGCAAGUGCCUGGAGUCCAAGGAGGCCGGCAUCACAAAACUGAAUGAUGAUGGAGAGAAACUCAUCGCUCAGGACCAUCCAGCUAAGAAUGUCAUCGAGGCCCACACGGAGGCAGUGCAUGCUGACUGGAAAGAGUAUCUCAACCUGCUCAUCUGUGAGGAAAACCACCUGAAGCACAUGGACGAAUACCACAAGUUUCACAAAGAGGCGAGGGACACCCAAGACUUGCUGAAAAGGCUGGACACCGACAUCAGCCAAAAAUACAACCCUGAAUUCAAGGACAUGUAUCAGAUGGGAGGGCUUAUCAGUGACUUGGAUGACCAAGCUAAGGCCUUGGAUCACUUUGAUGAUCGUGUGAAGGCCCUUCAGAAACGGAGUCUGCAGGUGAUCCCUCUCAAGUUUCGCCGUGACCCCCCCCAGAAACUUCUCCCCGUCGAGGCCCUGUGUGAAUUUGACACAGAACAGGGCCAGAUUGCGCGAGGAGAGAGGUACACCCUGCUCAGGAACAAUGGGAAUAAGUGGGACGUGAAGGACCAGGCGGGCCAAACGCUCACAGCUCCAGGAGUCUGUUUCUUCAUACCCCCUACUGACCCUGAGUCAGUCUCCAAUGCCGAGAACCUCGUCGACCAACAGUCAAACAUCAAGAGGAAGGUGGUGAGCAGCAAGGGCACUCUGCAGACUCGCCUUGCAGUGCUGAAGAAGGAGAGUCCUGCGGGACGUGAUAAGGAAGAGCAGCAGUGUCGUCAGCUGAUGGCCGGACUGGACAAGGUGAUCAAUGAUCUGGACAAGCAGGAGAAGGCCAUCAACACUCGAGUGCGCCCCCCGCUGGAGCAAACCCGCCCACUGCAGGACAGCGCAGACAGGCUGCAGGAGAUGAAGGACAUCGCAGUCGCUGUCAGGAAAAUCGAGCCUGAGAAGGUCUCCAAGACCAAAGAGGCAGAGAUAUUACUGAAAUCCAACCCAAAGUGUGCCAGCGCCCCGCUGCUUUUCUCAAAAGUGGAUGAGGCCGACAAGAAAUACAACAAAGUGGACCUGCAACUCAGGCUUGCUGAGGAGAAACUUGAGAAUUCCAACCGGCUGGAGAACUCCCUUCAGAAAGGAAAGACCCUUCUCUCGACCUAUGAAAACAAACUGGCCAGAGAGGAGGUUGCACCUGCGGAUAUCAGCACUCUGGAGAAGACGCAGCGUGAGCUGGCUGACAUGGCAGCCGAACUGAAAGGAAAGAGAGGGGUUGUCACGGAGACCGAGCAAAACCUCAGGGCUGCCAAAAGCAGCUGUGACAACAUGGCCGCCAAGGUGCAGGAGCACUGCCCCGACAUCGAGAGGCAGGAGCUGGAGGCCCAGAAGCUCAGCAAGCGCUUUGACAACCUAGGCAGACAGAUUGACUCCAGGUCACAGAGCCUGCAGAGGGCCAAAAUGGCACAUAACAACUAUCGCAAUGAUUAUGAUAACCUCAAUAGCUGGCUGUCAAGGGUGCCAAACUAUGAGCCUCGUGACACAGAUGAUUUGUCACAAAUAGAAGGCAAAUUGAAAAACCAAAGAAACCUGCUUUCAGACAUAGCGAGGAAGGAGUCUGACCUGAACAAUGUCUCCAAAAAUGCACAGCUUUAUCAGCAAUCAGUGAAGGACUAUGAAAAUGAAACAGAGAAGUUCAAAUCCAUUCUUGAUCUUGAGGAUGGUCUGGUUCCUCAGACCUAUAAGAAAAGCAGAUUGGAGUCUCCUGCACAAAGAGUGAAAGGAGAGGAAGCUGCAAUUGAAUCCAAAUUCACUGAAGUGAAUGCCAUCAACAAGCAGAAGUUGCAGAAUCUUGAGUUUGCACAGAGUCUCCUGAAUCAGCAACCAGAGGUUCCAAUCAUGCAGCAAAAUGUCCAGUCUGUGAAUGCUGCAGCACCAGGAGAACAACCCUGGAGAAUCAAGAAGCAGCUGGAUGAGGAAGCUCAGCGACGCGAGCACCUUGAGAAAGAGAUUCAGACCAUCCAGAGUGACAUCUAUGUUCUUGAGGGCCAGAAGCCACAGGACACAGUUGUGAAGAAGGAACUCAUUAAGAAGUUGCCAGACCCACAGCUGGACGAAGAGAUCCACAAGGUCCAGCAGAAGCUGUCAGACGAGCGAAGGACCACCCGCGUCCUGGAGAGCGAGCUGGACACCAUUCGUCUGAAACUACGUGGCAUGGAGACAGAGGUAAAGGAGGGCGCGCAGCAGUACACUGUCAAGGAGGUGCUCCGCAUCGAGAGGGACCGCGGGCAAGAAGAGGAGGUGAGGAAGCUGAAGGAGGAACUUGAGGAGCUGAGGAGGCAGAAGAAUAUCAAAGACAAUGACAUCAUUCAGAUCAAGAGGCAAGUCAACAUCCUCACAGAGGAGAAGAACAAGGAGCAAGAAAUCAUCACAGAGGAGGAAGUGGUGAAGGUGCAGAAUGACCCUAAGCUUGAGAGUGAAUACAGAGGACUUCGAGACAGGAAGCAGAAGGAAUUUGAUGGAAGAACACAACUGGAGGAUGAGCUCAAGUUCUUACAGGAGAAGCUGAAGAGGCUUGAGAAGGAGAAGUCCAUGGCUGAAGAGAAGAUCUCCAUCAAAGAAGUCCUGAAAGUUGAAAAAGACAUGGCCUUGGAGAGGGAAGUGGAGAAUCUCAGACGUCAGUAUGAAGAUGAGAAGGCUAAACGCAGGUCAUCUGUGAGGGAGAAAACUGACCUUCAGAGGAACAUCUCAAGCCUUGAGGCGGAGAAGUCAAAGGUUAUCAUCCAAGAGAAGAUGAGGGAAAUUGUCCGGCCUGAUCCCAAGGCAGAGAACGAGGUUUCCAACCUCCGUCUGGACCUGGUGGAACACCAAAGAAGGUGCAAAGAUUCCGAGCUCCAGUUGAAAACUACGCAGGAUGAGCUCAACAUGCUAAGGAAUAGGGGGCCUCAGGUUGAGGUCAAAGAACUCAUCAAGGAAGUCAUCAAAUACAAGACUGAUCCUGAAACUGAGAGAGAGCUGGAAAAACUGCGCAAUGAAAUAGUGGAUAAAACCCACGAGACAGAAAGGUCUGAUGUGGAAAUCCUCAGACUGAAGAAUGAGAUUCAGAGAUGGAAAGAUGCCAAACCCCAGGUGCAGACCAAAGAAGUGGUCAAAGAGGUCCUUCAGUACCGCGAAGAUCCUAAAACCAAGGAAGAGAUUGAGAGCCUGAAGAGAAAACUCUCAGAGGAACAGAAGAAACGUCUGGACCUGGAACGAGAGAGAGCAGACAAUGAAGAAAAGAUCCGUCUAAAGAAGACUGAUCUUUCUCAAGUGAGAGAAAAAUUUGUCCAACAGGAAGUCGUUAAGAUGGAGGAGGACCAGCUCUUGAAGUCAGAGUGUGACACCUUUGCCAAGAACAUCAGCAAUGAGCAGAAACAGAGAGAGGGUCUGAAAGAUGAGCACGCAAGACUACUACGGCAGAAGGCAGACCUGGACCUUCAGCUUGAAGAGAUUGAACGUGAACGAAGAGCUCGACGAGAUGCCGAGCUGGAGAUCCAGCGCUUGAGAAUUCGUCUCAACGAACUAGAGGUCAGGGACAAAGAGAACCGUGAAAAGGUGACCGUGAAACAGAAGGUGGUACUUCAGCAAGAUCCCCAGCAAGAAAAGGAACACUCCAUUCUCAGGCUCCAGGUUGAAGAAGAGAGACACAAACGAGUGUUGCUGGAGAAAGAGCUCAACCACUUGUUGGAACAACAGACGACACUUGAGAAGAUUGAAGUAAAAGAAAGGGUGGUGCGUUCUGAAAAGGUCCAGGUGGAGAAAGAUCCCGAGGCAGAACUGGAAAUCGAGAGACUUAAAACAAGUCUUGAGGAAGAGAAUAAACGCAGACGUGAGCUUGAUCAGGAGAUCUUGAACAUCAACUCCAGGUUGUCAGAAAUGGAGUUCACAAACACAAAGUCAACCAAAGACCUUGAUCACGUCCGAGACGAAAGCAGCAGACUGCAGCAGGAGAACCAACGCCUCCAAAAUGAGAUCAGGAAGCUUCAGGCAGAGAUUCAGAUCACCUCAAAGGAGACCAAACACAUCACGGAGUCUGUGCCAAUGGAGAACGGUAAAAACCUUGAGCUACGUGUCACGUCACUUCAGAAAGAGCUCUCAGACCUCAGACGCAUAACAAAAGAGAAAGAUGAGGAAGUUGAGAAACUCCAGAAGAGCUUGUCCUCAGUGAGAGUGAAGAGAGAGCAGAGGGAGAGUCAUUUGAGGCGCUCCAUUGUUGUCAUCGAUCCAGACACGGGCAAAGAGAUGAGGCCAGAGGAGGCUUACAAACUGGGACUGAUUGACUGGAAAAUGUUUGUCAACCUCCAGAGCCAGGAGUGUGACUGGGAGGAAAUCAGUGUCAAGGGUCCAAGCGGAGAGUCUUCAGUGCUGCAUGACAGGAAGUCUGGCAAGAAGUUCUCAAUUGAAGAUGCUCUCAAGGCGGGGCACAUUUCAAGUCGUCAGUUACAACAGUACCUAAACAAAGAGAUAAGCAUCCAGGAGUUUGGUGUGAUGGUGUCAGGCAAAAUAUAAAGGAAACACAAAGAAAUAUUCACCUGUCUUUAAACAUAUCCAAAUAUUUUCUUGAGUAUGAAUAUAAUUUCUCUGCAGUUUCUUGUUUCCAGUUUAACACUUAAAAAUGUGGUUAUCGGUUAUCACCCGAUUUCUUUCUCACAACACAAAACUGUGUUUAUUUAUAAAUUAAUAUUCAGCUUUCGCACAGCUUGGUUGUGCUAUGUUUUAUGAGGGUUGUAUGAUAGACUUUUCUAUUGUUCUAUGCACAUUUCUAUUGCUGAAAUGCUCAUGUACGUUGGAGAAAGCUGUUCUGAAUGUAUGCAAACAAGGUAUACUUUUGAAACUUGGUGCAGGAUACCGUAUUGGUGUUAUAUCUUACAAUAUCUUUUAAGUAUCUCUCUUUUACACUGUACUUUUGAUGCUGUUCUAAAUUAAAAAAAAAACUAUCUGAAAA